CCUCCCGUAGCCGCACGCCAUGCAAAACCUGCUUCUCCCCAAUGCCGCCGCCGCCGCGCCCUGGUGCGCGCAGCCGCGGCGGCGGCCGUCCCGCCUCUCCGUGCGCGCCUCGGCGUCGUCACCGUCGGCGCCUCGGCGGGAGACCGACCCGAGGAAGCGGGUGGUGAUCACGGGGAUGGGCCUGGUGUCGGUGUUCGGGAACGACGUGGACGCGUACUACUCCCGGCUCCUCGCCGGGGAGAGCGGCGUCGGCGCCAUCGACCGCUUCGACGCCUCCGGGUUCCCCACCCGCUUCGCCGCCCAGAUCCGCGGCUUCUCCUCCGAGGGCUACGUCGACGGCAAGCUCGACCGCCGCCUCGACGACUGCCACCGCUACGCCCUCGUCGCCUCCAAGAAGGCCCUCGAGUCCGCCUGCCUCGUCGCCGGGUCCAGCGCCAUGGAGAAGGUCGACAAAGAACGUGCCGGCGUCAUCGCGGGGUCCGGCAUGGGCGGCAUCACGGCCUUCUCCGACGGCGUCGAGAACCUCGUGACCAAGGGGUACAGGAAGAUAUCUCCCUUCUGCAUCCCGCACGCCAUCACCAACACCAGCUCCGCCAUGAUCGCCAUGGACGCGGCCGUCGGCUUCCGGGGCCCCAACUACUCGAUCUCCACCGCAUGUGCCACCUCCAACCACUGCUUCCACAGCGCCGCUGACCAGAUCCGGUUGGGCCGAGCCGACGUCAUGGUCGCCGGUGGCACCGAAGCCGCCAUCAUUCCAAUAGGGCUCGGCGGGUUCGUGGCGUGCAGGGCGCUGUCGCAGAGGAACGACGACCCCGGCACGGCGUCGAGGCCGUGGGACAAGGACCGCGAUGGCUUUGUCAUGGGCGAAGGAGCCGGACUACUGGUCAUGGAAAGCCUCGAGCAUGCAAUGAGACGCGACGCUCCGAUUCUGGCGGAGUACUUGGGAGGCGCCGUAAACAGCGACGCUUACCACAUGACUAAUCCGAGACCAGAUGGCUGCGGCGUGUCGGUGUGCAUCAGACAGAGCCUUGAAGACGCAGGCGUCACACCAGAGGAGGUCAAUUACAUAAAUGCUCAUGCAACCACAACCCCCGGCGGAGAUCUUGCAGAGGUGAAUGCUUUGAAGCAAGUUUUCAAGGACCCAUCUCGGAUUAAACUGAACGCAACCAAGUCAAUGAUAGGGCAUUCCCUAGGCGCAGCAGGCGGUUUGGAGGCCAUCGCUACCAUCAAAGCCAUAACCACCGGAUGGGUGCAUCCUACUAUAAACCAAUUUAACCCAGAGUCGGCAGUUGAUCAAUUUGACACGGUGCGGAGUGUGAAGCAACAACACGAAGUACACGUUGGUAUCUCCAAUUCAUUUGGAUUCGGAGGACAAAAUUCAGUGGUGGUAUUUGCACCAUUUAAGCCAUGACGUGUGUUCUAUUUAUAGUAUUGUGUAUGUGAUUAGAGCAGGUGGUCAUAUAUAUAUUUUUAGCGCACAUGGAAGGUGGCAUAGUCUUCAGAUAGACUCUUCACCGCCCACUUCGCCUUAAGCAUAUAUAGGUUUAAUCUCGUAUGACUUUGUGUGCGAGCGUUGUGUUUUAACUGUGUACAUCCUAAUUAUGCAGAGACUAGGCGUAUGCUCUUUAUGUUUGUAAUUGUCGCAUACAACAUUUUUUAAGUUAAUAAAAGUGACCUUUAUUGAAAAA